CUCCUUUCCUUUCCCCCUACCGAUCGAUCGCCAACGCUCAUUCCUUCCUUCCUAGAGAGAGAAACCAAAAACCAAAAAAAAAAAAAAAAACUGCUUAUAAAUGAGGCACACCACGACUCUCCUCUCCCCACUUUGUCUCUUUGCUCAGAUCUGAUUUCCCUCCCAUUCUCUCCCUCUCUGAUUCACAUUCGAACAAGCUUCCUCUUUUCAAGGUGAGCCUCAGAUCUUCUUCUCACUAAUCUGUAAUUGUCUCUGAUCUGUUGACAAUCUCUUUUGCAUUCUCUGUUCCCUCACAUUAGCCUCAGAAAAUAUUUUACAAUUUAGCUGGCACUCAUGGGGACUGCCGUUGACACUGCAAAGGAAGUAAAUGGAAGCUCACUUAAUGAAAAGAAGGUUACAGUUGUUUUUGUAUUGGGUGGCCCAGGCAGUGGAAAGGGCACUCAGUGUGCAAAUAUUGUAGAACACUUUGGGUACACCCAUCUGAGUGCUGGUGAUCUUCUCCGAGCAGAAAUAAAAUCCGGUUCUGAAAAUGGGACCAUGAUUCAGAACAUGAUUAAGGAAGGAAAAAUUGUACCUUCAGAGGUAACAAUUAAGCUUCUUCAACGAGCUAUGCAGGAAAAUGCUAAUGACAAAUUUCUGAUUGAUGGCUUUCCUCGUAAUGAGGAAAACCGUGCCGCAUUUGAGUCUGUUACCGGAAUUGUGCCAGAAUUUGUACUCUUUUUUGAUUGCUCAGAAGAAGAGAUGGAGAAGCGCCUUUUGGGUCGGAACCAGGGAAGAGAAGAUGAUAACAUCGCUACAAUAAGGAAGCGGUUUAAUGUUUACAUGGAAUCUAGUCUCCCCGUGAUUCAGUAUUAUGACUCUAAGGGGAAGGUCAGAAAGAUUGAUGCAGUAAAGCCUGUUGAAGAGGUUUUUGAAGCUGUGAAAGCAGUUUUCAUCCCAUCGCAUGAGAAGACUGCCUAGUUGUUGCAACUCUACCCAAGAUAUUGAACCAGAUCUAAUUUGAGGUGGUUAUAUUUUUUUGGCUGCAUAUUAUUGUACAACAUGCACCAUUUGUGGUCUCAUGUUGUUAUACCAUAGAUGAAGUUUAUUAUCACUAUUAUUAUUGUGUGGUUAAACAAAAGGUUAUAGUUAAUGUGUUGAGGUAUUUUCCUCUUUAAAUCUUGUUAUUGCAAUUACAUUUUUAAUAAGAAGACAAUAAUUGAAAUUAGUAGUUAUAUAAUGCUCUCUCUCUCUC